CAGCGGCAGUGUGAGAUGCUUUGCUUUAAGUUGAGAGUUGGAGGUGGGCUGGGGAGGAUCUGCCUGGAAUGUGCUCCCCUCUGAUCACUGAUCCUGCUGCUUCUCGCUGAAUGCUUUCCUCUGUCUCACAGACACUCUUCCCUCUCUGCAGCCUGGGGACUUAUAUUUGCUCACUGCUAAUGCUGUUGGAAUGACUCCUGAUACUGCUUUUACUAUUGGAUUGUCCCUCUGGCUCUGAUCAGGCAGGAGCUUAAUCUACCAAGGAUAUCCGAUAAGGAACCCAUCAAUAAGGGAAAUAGCUGGCACGUGUAUUUUUUUGAAGAAAACUACUGCCACACGACAUUGUCUUCACAACGUUUCUUCAAUAGCGAGGUGCUUUUGAGUAAAACAUGGAGAAAAUUCUGAAUUUGCUAUGGGAGUGAGCCUUAUGGAAUCUGAUUACUGCACUUGGUUCGUGUUGCACAGGAAGAAAGGCAAACCCCAUGCUCUUGGCCUAAAAACUGUUUCAUAUUGAAUAGGAUCUAUUUAUGCAGAAGGGAACUUCCUGGCGUUGGAAAGGAGCAUUUACAAGGCUUAAGGCAUUUAUAUGGCAGAAAAAUUAAGUUGACCAAAGAAAACAGUCAGAACCAUACUUAUUUGUAUUUACAAUACUUUAUGGUCACGGACGCUCCCUGCUCAAGGACCUACUUUGCUAACCAGCCCUGGUAAACUUUUGUUGUGAUGCAAACAAAGCAUUGUGACCCUUGGCACCGUCUUGUUAUCGUUGGGAUUGUUUGAAUAAGCACUGUGAACAAGGGAGUGCUACAUGAGAUAACCCAGACCUCUCUAUUCUUGGAAACACAAAGCCCUCGCUGCAUUCUGCCUACUGGAUAUUUCAAGAAAACAUCAGCUCACACUUUCCAGGCUUCGAGGCGCCGUAGGGAAGAUAUCAUCAGUGACCAUGACUACGGACACUUGGAAUUUAUUUCUUGCAUGGGCUCAGCUUUUACUAUUAUUCAGAAUGUCGCCACAAUGUGACGGUGCCAAACCCUGCCCUUCGGUGUGUCGCUGUGAUGCAGGCUUCAUUUAUUGCAAUGAUAGAGACUUGACAUCCAUUCCUUCGGGUAUACCAGAUGACGCCACAACCCUCUACCUUCAAAAUAAUCAGAUCAAUAACGCCGGCAUACCUUCUGAUUUGCGAGGUCUGGAAAAAGUCGAGAGAAUCUACUUGUACCGCAACAGUUUAGAUGAGUUUCCAAUAAACCUCCCUAAAAAUGUCAAAGAAUUGCACCUGCAGGAAAACAAUAUACGGACUAUAACCUACGAUGCACUUUCACAGAUUCCUUCCAUAGAAGAGCUGCAUCUGGAUGAUAAUUCUGUAUCUGCAGUCAGUAUAGAGGAUGGAGCUUUUCGGGACAACAUCUUUCUGCGGCUCCUGUUCCUUUCAAGAAAUCAUCUAAGCACAAUACCAUGGGGCCUGCCCAGAACAAUCGAAGAACUACGUUUGGAUGAUAACCGGAUUUCCAUCAUCUCCGAGAUCUCUUUGCAAGACCUCACCAAUUUGAAACGUCUUGUCCUGGAUGGGAACCUUUUAAAUAAUAAUGGUCUCGGUGAAAGGGUCUUCAUGAACUUGAUCAAUCUGACAGAACUCUCAUUAGUACGUAAUUCUCUUACCUCUCCUCCUGCAAACCUGCCUGGCACCAACCUGAGAAAGCUUUACCUUCAAGAAAACCAUAUGAACUAUGUACCACCUAAUUCGUUUGCUGAUUUAACACAACUGUACCGUCUUGAUAUGUCCAAUAACAAUCUCACAGCUUUACCUCAGGGUAUAUUUGAUGACUUGGAUAAUCUAACCCAGUUAUUCCUUCGUAACAACCCUUGGUACUGCGGUUGUAAAAUGAAGUGGGUGCGUGACUGGUUGCAAUCUCUGCCUUCCAAAGUUAAUGUCCGUGGGUUGAUGUGCCAAGCUCCAGAGAGAGUAAGAGGAAUGACCAUCAAAGACCUUAACAAAGAACUGUUUGAUUGUAAAGACAGGAUUGGUUCGAAUACAAUACAUGUUACAACAACAGUGUUAAACUCUUUGCUUCCAGCACAAGGCCAGUGGCCUGUGCCUGUAACCAAACAACCUGAAAUCAGACCUCCAGAUAUCAAUAAAAUCUUUCGGACAACGCCAAUACCCGUAAAAAAAAUUAUUACGAUUCAGGUGAAAUCAAUAACAACAGAGACUAUCUAUAUCUCCUGGAAAGUGGCCCUGCCAAUGACUGCUUUGAGACUCAGCUGGCAACUGGGUCAUAGUCCUGUUUUUGGAUCUAUAACGGAAACCAUUGUGACAGGUGACAGGACAGAGUAUUUGCUUACAGCUCUUGAGCCAGAGUCACCAUAUCGAAUAUGUAUGGUUCCCAUGGAAACCGGCAACAUCUACCUUUCCGAUGAAACCCCUGUUUGCAUUGAAACAGAGACUGCUCCACUUAAAAUGUACAACCCAACCACAACAUUGAACAGAGAGCAAGAGAAGGAGCCUUAUAAGAACUCGAAUUUACCAUUAGCUGCAAUCAUUGGGGGAGCCGUGGCUCUAGUAGCUAUAACACUCCUUGCUUUGGUGUGUUGGUACGUACACAGGAAUGGGUCUCUGUUUUCCAGGAACUGUGCCUACAGCAAGGGUCGCAGAAGAAAAGAUGACUAUGCAGAAGCUGGCACAAAGAAGGACAAUUCCAUUUUAGAAAUCAGGGAGACUUCUUUUCCGAUGAUACCAAUAAAUAGUGACCCGAUGUCCAAGGAGGAGUUUAUAAUACACACUAUAUUUCCACCCAAUGGAGUGAGCCUGUACAAAAACAGUCACAGUGAGAGCAGUAGUAACAGAAGUUACAGAGACAGUGGUAUACCAGAUUCUGAUCAUUCACAUUCAUGAUGCGGAAUGGCACAAGACUAUUUUUUAUAUAUAUGAACUAAAACGAGUGAUUGGAAUUCACUGUUCUACUGCAAAACACUGGAUACGAGAUUGAAGGAGCAAUGUACUGUACAUUUGCCAUAUAAUUUAUAUUUAAGAACUUUUUAUUAAAAGUUUAAAAUUUCAGGCUGGUGCUACGAUUAAAUGUAGCAUGACACCUGACCACAAUCUUCUAUUUUAGUAUUUUUUUUUUGUAAUUUGUACUGUAUUUUCCUUGCUAAUAUUGAAGUUACGGACCAUUUAACUUUUUGUGUUCUACUGAGUAAUAUGACUUGUCAACUGUGAAAGUGAACUUUUUUUUCUACAUUUUAUUUUGCUGUGUUGAACAAUCAGAUUUUUUUUUUUUCCAUUUUUGGGGGUUCUCUUUUCUGAUCCUUGUACAAAGCACAGAGCAUAUUUUGCAUUUUUUUCAUACACAGUAAAUAGAAAGUAGUUACAGUCGGACAAACAGCUCUCGGUUUUAGGAGGUCUGUAAAAAAAAAAAACUGUACACAAGAUAGCUAUAUCAACAAAAUGUGUGUAGUAAUGGGCAUUAUCGCUUGUCUAAAAAGAACUGCAUCUGGAAAUACUCAAUUUUAGCAAAUAAAACGUAUUUAUGUUUGAAUUUAUACCAUUUUAUCAGUAUAUUGCUUCAAGACAAAUCAUAGGUCUAAACCCACACCAACAUUUCAGUAGAUACUUUUCAGCUCGAAUCAUAUGCUGCCAUCUUUAAAAGGUACUAUGUAGUCUUAUGUUCUCAACUGAUAGUAAGCAAAAAAUAAUUCAAAAAGAAGAAAUAUUGUUCCCUAACAUUUUUUAGAUUUAUACUCUACACUGCACCCCUAAACGUGUGCGCAGAAGUAAUAGGGCCACAGCACACAACAAAUAGUGGAGCAAACAGAAUAUUUUGUAUGCACACAUAAUCAGUACUUCCUUGGACCGACUCUGCACACACAGUUUUCCAAAGAGCUGACAAAGCUUCCGCGACAAAUGAAUAAAAAUCACUGGCGCAUAAGUAAUUCUUUAAAGUGUUAUUGAACAGACACCGUAAUGUAUCCAGUAAUUUAUUUAAAGUAUAGCAAACUGUAAGAACGUCUACACCAUACCCCAAGGUAUAUAAAUGCAAUGUUACACAUCAUGUUGCAAAAAUGAAUUUUCCCGAAUGUUUCCCAAAAGGAGCAGAAUCUGAUGUGGUACAUGGAAUAGUGCCCAUUACUAGACCAGUUCAUGUUUUGUUUUGUUUUUUUACCUUACCAUUAAUUGAGCUAUUUACUAUUGAACACAAUAUACACGUUUGUUGCCAUAAUAUUUUUCCACUUUUUUUUUUUUUGGGAUAAGAGCCAAAGUGCGUUUUAAGCCCUUUGGCCAGUCUUGUAUGUGCCUUGAUCCAAUGCUACAUGUAUUCAAGCUUUCUUUCAGUGACAAUUUUUUCAUAAAUGCUGAACUAUGAAAAAUAUUGCCGAAUAAAAUGGGGAAAAAAAACGUA